ACCAAAAUUAUAACCAUCUCCCUCCAAUAUUUCCGACGCUUUUUGAAUUGAUAAAUUCUUGAAUCUCCCAUGAAAAUGGAGGCCCUCAACUCUAAUCUCGACUCUACCCUCUCCACUCUCUCCAAAUUUACAUCAAAACCCACCUCCAAACCCUUCUUCUCUUGCCGAUCUCCGAGAUUGAGCUGUCGGAAGCCCAGGAAAUUUACAGUGACCAGCGUUCGAUGUUCGGACAAUAAAAGAGGCAGUUUGGAAUCGCAUAAUGGCAAUUUUUUAGCAGAAAAUGAGGAUUUGAUGAAAAGGGUUGGAAGAGGAGUGCUCGGUUUCGCCGCUGCAGCUUCCUUGUGCUUGGAUUCGUCAGCGUCGGCGGAGUAUCUGACGGUCGCGUUUCCUGUUUCUCACACUCGCGAGGUAAAUACAGUUCAGAGAACUCUUGUUGAGGCAUGGGGCUUGAUUAGAGAGACCUUCAUAGAUCCAACUUUCAAUCAUCAAGAUUGGGACUUGAAACUGCAGCAGACGAUGGUGGAAAUGUUUCCACUUUUGACUCUGGGCGAUCCCUUCACACGCAUCAUCAGUCCUAAGGAAUAUCAAAGUUUUAGAAUAGGAAGUGAUGGAAAUUUGCAGGGCGUUGGCUUAUUCAUCAAUGCUGGUGGGUUGAGAUCAAACACGAGUUCAGUUGAUUAUACACAUGUUGUUCUGUCAUGCAUUGAGAAUAGCCCGGCUGCACGUGCUGGCUUACAUGAAGGAGACGAGCUAAUGGAAAUAAAUGGUUUGAUGGUGUUUGUGAGUUUAUAUUGGGAUGGAAAAAUUAUUCAGCUCCCAAGUUUGGGUGGUGCUUAUGAUCCCCCUCGUGCAAAAUCAUUUAUUAUAUUGAAUGAAAAGAUAUCUUAUUAUCAGCUAGUUUCAAUGAUAUGUGAAAAAAUUGGAAUUGAUUUGGAUUCACAUACGAUUGAUUUAACAUGGAGGCAUCCUGUGGUUUUUAGUGGAGUGGUGAAUUAUAUAGCUACACUAGUGGAUGAUAAUUUGUUGGAGUAUAUGUUUGCUGAAAAUCCACGUCAAAUUGAACUUUUUAUUGAAUAUACUCCUGUGACUACUGCGUUGCAAUUUGAACCAUCUAUCACUCAGCAUGAUGUUGGAACGUCUAGGAGAGAUGAUUAUCAUAGUUUUGAUGUCGGGACAUCUAGGAGGGAUGAUGAAUAUCAUAGCACUGAAUUCAACACAUUUGGGAGGGAGGUUGAUGAACAACUAGAUGUACCAAAUGUGACAUGUGAUGGUUAUGAUGGUUCUGAUAAUUGUGAUGGUUCUGAUAAUUGUGAUGAUUCACAUGGUUCUGAUAAUUGUGAUGGUUUAGAUGGUUCUGAUAAUUGUGCUGGUUUAGAUGGUUCUGAUUGUGAUGGUUCCGAUGGUUCUCAACCAAGUGAUCUUGAUUAUAGUGCAGAAUCAUGUGAAGAUUCUACAGACGACGAGACACUUGAAAUGAUGGUUGAGAAUUAUGUACAACCAGCUGUUCGUGGGGAGCAACUUGUUCUCGACUAUGUGCCUGAAGGGUUACCCUUUUUUCGAUCAUUACUAUGUGAAGGCAACCGAGGUUACGUUUCAGAAGACCAUGGAGUGAGUGAAGAAGAUAUGUGGUAUUUGGAUGAGGAUAAUCCGAGACAUAUAGAUGUGGGAACGAAAUUUGAUAGCAAAUUGCAGUUGAAAACUGCUAUGACAUUAUGGCAUGUGGGAACAGGUCGGAUGUAUGAGGUUAUGGAUAGUAAAUCAAGAAGAUGGCAUGCAGUUUGUAGGGACCCAUUUGGUCCGAAAAGAAAAGGCAAGGACCUUGGGCAACGAUACCCAUGUAAUUAG